AACACGUAUUCUGCAUCCAGGAAAUUUGGACGAACGGUACGGAUGGAGCGAGGACGACGUAACUUACGGAGGAUAUUACGGCGCAUACGAGUUCCUGAAGAAGCACGUGAGCGAUCACCCGCAGGAGACGGAGGUGAAGCAGGUUUUCGACAAACUGAACGCCCUCACGCCCAACCAGAGAGAUAACGCGAACAGGUUCUGGGAGCGGGCGACGGAAAUUUUCCAAACGAACCUGGCAGACACCGACCCAGAGACUCCACCCACCGCGGAAUCUAUGACGGACUUGGUCCACCUCCUCACCUCCUCCGUCGACUUCAUGCCCGUGGGCAUAACGGACGAGCAACUGACGGACGUGCUGAACGGCGUCGCCAUGACCAACGAACUUCGAUUUCAGACAAAAGACGGGUGGCUAAAAGCAACGAUGAAGACGCUGACGGCGCCACUGAUCAAGUGCCACGUGUACUUGGAAUUGGACCUACCCUUCGAUUACGCGGAUCCCAGGACCAGGAAAUACCGGAAAAUGGUCUGGACGAUCAACAACGAGAUGUGGAGAGUCGUGAGCCAUGACGGAAUGAUCUGGCACGAGAUCUGGCACGAAACGGCCCAGGUCCUGGGACUGGGGCAGACCGGGAACGCGUCCACCACGGCCGUCUCCCUGAGGCUCGCCUACGAGCUACCGCCGGGCGCGGAAGACCGCGUGGCGAAUAUGACCACCCUCGCCGGGGCGAGGAUCCUCAGCAAAACCAUCGUCACC